CUUCACUGGCUCAAUACAAUGGCACAGUGAAGGACAGAAGGAAAACAGCGCUGUACAAUGGUGCAUCCCAACAAACAUCUGUGGCUGUAUUUUGAAGCUGUAUGAACAUCUGUGGCUGUAUUUUGAAGCUGUAGGAACAUCCGUGGCUGUAUUUUGAAGCUGUAUGAACAUCUGUGGCUGUAUUUUGAAGCUGUAUGAACAUCCGUGGCUGUAUUUUGAAGCUGUAGGAACAUCUGUGGCUGUAUUUUGACCAUUGUACAAUGGAAAGAAAAAAGUUACACCCUGUUACACCAAAGCCCAAACCAGAUGGCCACAUUGUUGUUUACAUUUGUUGAUGACAAAGAUUGCCACCUGAGCGUAGUAAAAAAAGCAAGCUCAACUCAGCCUGAACUCUCCAAACGGCCGCCAUGGGACUCUCGCUUCUGCAAGUCAGAAAACAAGCUUUUCAGACCAAGGACAUAUUGUAGAGAAUACACUUUGGAGAUUCCACAGCCUGAUUUUAUUGGUCGAUCGGUUUCAGGACAGAUACCCUUAGAAAAUGGCCAAACACUCAACGUGGUAGAUGCACUUGUGUGCACUGAAAAUUAUAAAAUCGCCCCUUGGUGUGCUGGAGCCAGGCAUGAAAUCAAGGUGAAAGAAUGUGACACAUGGGGUGCAGGGGCCACCAAAACUACACACCAAAUCUUGCCCAACAACUACAGAGUCGUUUGUGCUGAUGGAUUCAUGGACUCACACGAAUCAGAACUCUCUCCACUAGAGGCUCACUGCAGGUCAUUGCUAAAAAACAAGAUGUUGGUUCAACUGUUGUAAGAAUGACUCCCCACAUCUUUACAUCAACUUAUAAGCAUGACCCCCCCUACAUCCACUGCUGUUAGCAUGAACCCCCCCCCCCCCUAUUGUAAGAAUGAGCACCAACCCUUCUAGUGUUUGAUAUCUUCACUGCCAGUGGAUGAGAGAAACAGGCCACCAACUUGCAUUCAAUUCUUGCCAGAUAGUUUCAUUAAA